AUGACUGCUUGCAAUGCCUCACAGGGCCAUCCUUCUUUCUUCAUUCUCCAAGGCAUUCCUGGCAUGGAGGACAAACACAAAUGGAUAGCUAUCCCCUUCUCCUCCAUGUAUUUCAUUACUGUGCUUGGGAACUGCACCAUUCUCCUCACCAUUUCCACAGAGCGCUCCCUGCACAAACCCAUGUUUCUGCUCCUCUGCCUGUUGGCCCUCACAGACCUGGGCAUGUCUACAACCACCAUUCCCAAGGUGCUGUGCGUUUUCUGGUUUGGCCAGAGUGAGAUCAGCUAUGAAGGCUGCCUGGUUCAGCUGUUCUUCAUCCACUCCAUCUCGGCCAUGCAGUCAGCUGUCCUGAUGACCAUGGCCUUUGACCGCUACGUGGCCAUCUGCAAGCCCUUGCACUAUGCCACUAUCCUUUCCAAUAGCCGCAUUGGACUCAUUGGUCUAGUGAGUUUGGUGAGAGCUAUCCUCUUUAUUCUCCCCAUGCCCAUCCUCCUUCAGCAAAUGCCCUAUCAUGCCAAUCAUGUCAUCCCCACCACCUACUGUGAGCACAUGGCUGUGGUGAAGAUGGUUUGUGUAGAUACAACACUCAACAGGAUUUAUGGCCUGGUGGUGGCCUUGUUGGUUGCUGGGUUAGACCUCUCAGCUAUUGCUUCAUCUUACGUGCUCAUCAUCCAGGCUAUACUGCGUCUCUCUGCUAAGGAAGCCCACCACAAAGCAGUCAACACCUGCACCACACACAUCUGUGUCAUGCUUAUUUCUUAUACUCCCUCACUUUUCUCUUUUCUCACUCACCGCUUUGGCAGAGGCAUUCCACCCCAUGUCCAUACCAUUCUUGGCAACCUCUACUUCCUUGUACCUCCAAUGCUCAAUUCUAUAAUUUAUGGAGUGAAAACGAAGGAGUUCCAUGACAAAGUGACCAAAUAUGGUUGCUGGAGAAAAGAACCCGCAACCACUGCCCAUGGUCAGAAACUUGUCUGCUAAUCCAGCAUCUGUGAGUUUGAGGAAGGAAUGUUAAGUAGAUGCAGUUCCUGAGGAAAUCAACUAGUGAUAGAAAUGUGUUAUAUUGUCAGAUUUAGCUGCCAAGAUGUUUGUCGUUGGUCAGAGAGGCUAAGGCAUAGGAGACGUUUUGGCCUCAGUAACUCCAAAGCAAGGAAAUUAUCCCCACUGUGAAAUGAAAAUAAUGACAUUUGCUCUCUAUACCUGACACAGGCAUUGGACCAAUUACAUGUUAUAAUGUCUAUAAAAGCACUUUG